AUGACUUUGGCCCGGCUAUUCCCAUUCAAGUUUAGUCGGCUAUUGAGAAAGAAUAAUCAGGCUGAGGACCUUGGGAACUUGAAGUCUUGCGAAAUAACGACUGUCCUGGCUAAUGUGCAGCGGCCGGCGUUCGAUGAGCUACCUCUGAGAAAAGGAGACCCAAAAGGUUCGGCCUGGAAUUUAUGGGGUAAAGAUGAUGAACUUGGGACAUUGAACUUGAUUACUAAAGAUUUCACUCGAGCUGCUGCCACCGAGAUAAAGGUGGGCAAAGCGAUUAGUUUGAAUUUGCCGAUCAAUGUUCCUAUGAAGCCUAUGAAUCCGCGGAGGAAAGCUUGCUCUCAUACUAUCAUUGCUAAAGGAUACGCAAAUGAUGACGAGUUAGACUUCAAUACGCAAAGCUCUAGCCACUGGGAUGGACUGAGGCAUUACCCUUAUUCGGAGACACAACAAUUCUAUAACGGUGUUGUUCAAGACGAUAUAUCUGGCGAGAAAGCAAACAGCAAAAUCGGUAUACAAAAUCUUGCAUCUCACCCAUUAGUCACUCGAGGCGUGCUUCUUGAUUGGUACUCCUAUUCGCUAGAUAAGAAACUUCCACACAGUCCAUUUACGAACCAAAGUAUACCGCUAUGGCAGCUGCUAGAAGUCGCCCGGGAACAGCGAGUGAGCUUUCGAAGAGGAGAUAUACUUUUGAUCCGGACCGGUUGGACUGCGGUCUACAACAAACUUACUGAUGGGGAAAAGAUAGAUCUUGGAGGGCGUGAACAUAGAGCAUCGUGUGGGGUUGAAGCAACUAGGGAUGCAAUCCGUUGGCACUGGGAGCAAGGAUUCGCAGCUGUGGCUACUGACACCGUAGCCUACGAGUCAUGGCCGUCUACAAAGCCUUGGGGGGUUAGUAUGCAUGAGGUAUUUCUUAGCGGAUGGGGGAUGCCUAUCGGAGAAACUUGGGAUUUAGAAGAACUCAGUGAGACCUGUAAACAGCUUGGGCGCUGGACUUUUAUGUUGACAAGCCAACCACUUCAUCUCCCAGCUGGUGUUGCAAGCCCUCCCAAUGCGACCGCUAUCUUCUGA